CAGCAUCUUUGCUUUGCAUUCAAGCAGAUGAGCUACAAGAAGCUCUUACCUGCACUGUGUGGGUCACUAGAGGAGAAACAAUUAUCCGACCCAACACGGUAGAAAAAGCUACUGAUGUCCGAGAUGCUAUGUCUAAAACUUUAUAUGGACGCCUCUUUAGCUGGAUAGUCAAUUGUAUUAACAGUUUGCUGAAACAUGACACAUCACCAAGUGGGGAUGAAGUAACUAUUGGCAUUCUUGAUAUAUUCGGCUUUGCAGAAAAUUUCAAAAGGAAUUCCUUUGAGCCUUGCAUUAACAUUGCAAAUGAACAGAUCCAGUAUUAUUUCAAUCAGCAUGUGUUUGCAUGGGAGCAGAAUGAAUACCUAAAUGAAGAUGUGGAUGCUAGAGUUAUUGAAUAUGAAGACAACCGGCCCCUCUUAGACAUGUUUCUACAGAAGCCAAUGGGUUUAUUGUCCCUGCUUGAUGAGGAAAGUAGAUUUCCCAAGGCCACUGACCAGACUCUCAUAGAGAAAUUUGAAGACAACCUGAAAUCACAGUACUUCUGGAGACCCAAAAGAAUGGAGCUUAGUUUUGGUAUUCAUCACUAUGCGGGAAAAGUCCUCUAUAGUGCUACUGGGUUCUUGGCGAAAAACAGAGACACGCUUCCGACUGACAUUGUGUUGCUUUUGAGGUCAUCAGAAAACAGCGUAAUUCGGCAGCUUGUCAACCACCCUCUGACCAAAACAGGUAAUCUCCCACUUUCUAAAACUAAAAAUAUAUUAAACUAUCAGAUGAGGAAUCCAGAAAAAUCCACAAACUUGACCAAGGGUGAAACUAAAGACAUCACACGCCAUGCCUGUGAAACCACCAACAUGAAAACUCAAACAGUCGCAUCAUAUUUUAGAUAUUCCUUGAUGGAUUUGUUAUCUAAAAUGGUGGUGGGUCAACCUCAUUUUGUGCGUUGCAUCAAGCCAAAUAAUGAGAGGCAGGCAAGAAAAUAUGACAAAGAGAAAGUUCUACUACAGCUGCGGUGCACAGGGAUUUUGGAAACAGCCAGAAUUCGAAGGCUCGGUUACUCUCAUCGGAUACUGUUUGCUAACUUUAUAAAGAGGUAUUAUGUUCUCUGCUACAAGUCGAGUGAAGCCCCAGUGAGCCCAGACACAUGCGCUACCAUUUUGGAAAAGGCUGGCCUUGAUAAUUGGGCUCUUGGAAAAACAAAAGUGUUCCUUAAAUAUUAUCAUGUGGAACAGUUGAAUCUAAUGAGAAAGGAAGCCAUUGACAAGCUUAUUUUGAUUCAAGCUGGUGUCAGAGCAUUCUUGGGUUCAAGAAGAUACCAAAAGCUACAGCAAAAGAGGAAAGACAGUGCUGUAGUAAUACAGUCAGCUGCAAGAAGACAUCUCAUGAGAAAACAGGGGAAAGAAACUGCUAAAGUAAAAAACACAGCAGUAAGGAAAAUUCAGGCUAAUAAUCAGGAAUUUGACUACAGGAAAAACUUCGAAACUAAAAGGGAAUCUUUUAUGACAAAACAGACAGAAACGGCAUCGUCUACUAAUGAAUCCAACAUUUCCGCUCCCAACAACAAAGAGAGCUCAUCUGCAGGAAGGACAGCUCCCUGUAGAGCUGAGGGGAAAGCCACCAAUGUUGUUGAGAGUAACAACAGAAGACAUCAGACUCAGAAGAAAAUAAGCAAUGUGUACGGGGGAGACCUGUGUGUUGUAGGGGACCCUAGUGCAGAAGCAAGCCCAAGGCAGAAGUAUGUGCAAGACCUGGAAGAAAGCAGGAAGACCAGGAAAGAGGAAAAGGGGGAUACUGUGAUCCAAACUUACUGUCAGUGGUACACAGAGGGGAGGAACUUUGAAGGAUCAACAGCAACAUGUCUAGAAGGGAGAGAGACAUGGGGAAAGCCAAGCUGCCCAGGACUGUGGCUAACUGAGGAGAUUUACCUGAGAAAAACUUUGGAUCCUAGUCUUAGCCAAAGGUCAGUCUAUCAAAAUGCAGACAGCAAAGAAAAAGAGAAGACAUCUGUGGUUACCCAGAAUGCAUCACUAUGCAACCUGGAGAGAGACUGUCACCUGAAUGGCUUCCUCGGAGAAAAAGACACUGGACCAGUGGAGCAGGCCCAGGAGGAAGACAAGGCUGCCCUGUUCAUUCAGAACAAAUACCGGGAAUCCAAGCAAAAGCAACAGUUAGGGGAAGACAGGCUGUCACCACCCUUGAAGAACCAAAAGAUUAUUUCGUCACCCACAGAAGUAGCGAGAAAUGUUCACAGUGUUUAUUCCUGUCCUACAAAGCAUGAGGGGACCCAUCCUAUCAAGGUGACAAAUGACAGAGACUCAAAGGUGGCUUCAAAAAAAGAAGCCUGUGAUUUGGCAAUGUUUUCUAGACAGAUAUCAAAGUUAUCUGAAGAAUAUUUCAUUCUGCAGAAAAACUUGAAUGAAAUGAUUUUGUCACAGCAACUGAAGCCACUUUAUCUCGGUAUCUAUCACCAUAAACCAAUCAAUAGAUGUGUGCCUACUCAUCGGUACCUCUCAGAUGUCUCUAAAGAAGAGCCAAAAAUAUUGAGACCUCCAAGACGACCCCGAAAACCCAAAACAUUAAAUAACCCUGAAGAUUCUACAUACUACUAUUUACUGCAUAAGUCAAUCCAAGAAGAAAAACGGAGGCCAAGAAAAGACAGUCAAGGAAAAUUACUAGGUUUGGAAGAUUUCUAUUACAAGGAAUUUUUGCCCACUCAUUCUGGACCAAAGGCGCAUAGCUCUAAUGUGAAAGAAUGGAGACCACAGAAGGAGCACCAGGAUCAAUGCAUGGAGGCUAAUGAAAGGUGCUGGACUGCCAAGGGCAGCGAGGAGAUUUCAGCCAACCCCUAUGACUACAGGAGGCUCCUGCGGAAAACCUCCCAGCGCCAGCGCCUGGUACAGCAGCUGUAG